ACCAGUUCAGGCGGCAGCGGCUCAGGGGAUGUUAGAGGCGCGCUGGGCGGCCGCGGAGCAGACUCGCUGGCUUCGAGCUGCGAGCUCCCGUCUCCCGCCAUGGCCCCCGCUCCGCCCCCCGCCGCCUCCUUCUCCCCCGCCGAGGUCCAGCGGCGCCUGGCGGCCGGCGCCUGCUGGGUCCGCUGCGGGGCCCGCCUCUACGACCUCACCGGCUUCGUGCGGCACCACCCAGGGGGCGAGCAGCUGCUGCGGGCACGGGCUGGUCAGGAUGUUAGCGCCGACCUGGACGGGCCACCGCACCGGCACUCGGACAACGCGCGCCGCUGGCUCGAGCAGUACUACGUGGGGGACCUGCAAGGAGACCCUCAGGGAGAAGAAAAGUGAAGAGAAUAAGACCACCCACAUGAGUGUCUACCCUUUUUCAAGUGCACUCGGUGCCCUUGAUUUCCACCCACCCUGCCCUGCCAUGGUUCUCCCACCACUCCUGACUCAUCGUGGGGCAGUUGGGGGUUCUCUUCCCUCGCCCACUGACCUGGUAGACUGGCGGAAGCCCCUACUGUGGCAGGUAGGCCACUUGGGAGAGAAGUACGAUGAGUGGGUCCACCAGCCGGUGACCAGGCCCAUCCGCCUCUUCCACUCAGAUCUCGUCGAGGCCCUCAGCAAGACUGUCUGGUACAGCGUCCCCGUCAUCUGGGUUCCCCUGAUGCUGUAUCUUAGUUGGUCCUACUACCAAACCCUCGCCCAGGGCAACGUCCGACUCUUCGCGUCCUUCACCACAGAGUACUCAGUAGCCAUGCCCGAGUCCACGUUCCCGGGCCUCUUCGUGCUGGGGCUGCUCCUCUGGAGCCUAGUAGAGUACCUCAUCCACCGCUUCCUGUUCCACAUGAAGCCCCCCAAUGACAGCUAUUACCUCAUCAUGCUGCACUUCGUCAUGCACGGCCAGCACCACAAGGCACCCUUCGACGAGUCCCGCCUGGUCUUCCCCCCUGUGCCAGCCUCUCUGGUGAUCGCUUUCUUCUACGUGUUCUUACGGCUCAUCCUGCCCGAGGCGGUGGGGGGCACUGUGUUUGCAGGGGGCCUCCUGGGCUACAUCAUCUACGACAUGAUCCACUACUAUCUUCACUUCGGCUCCCCGCACAAGGGCUCCUACCUGUACAACCUGAAGGCCCACCACGUCAAGCACCACUUUGCACAUCAGCAGUCAGGAUUUGGCAUCAGUACUAAAUUUUGGGAUCACUUUUUCCACACCCUUAUUCUGGAAGAACCCCACCCGAAGAUACAGUGACAACUCCCAGCCCUGUUGUCCUGCCCUCAGCCCCGCUGUGGCCCCUACCCCAGUCCACCCCCAUCCAGACCCUGCAAAGAAGGUUUGCUUGACCAGGCAGUGCGGGCUUUGUCCGGCCCUUGGGCUUGGUGGAGGGUGCUGGGGAAACCCUGAAGCCCGAGGCUAACCCUGAGACUGCCCUCCUGACCCAGCACAGGAGGGUCACGUCCACUUGGUGGCCGAGUGGCCCUCAGGGACUAGCUCUUUUCUGGAGCAGCCCAGCCUCUUCACUCACACCCCCGCCCAGUGCCUUAGCCCCCAGGACUGCUUCAGGACCCGGCCAGUGGGGACUUUCCUAAGGGGAGUGAAGGCAACUGACCCCUGGGACCAGCUGGUGUCCCACCUGUGUCUUAGCACCCUGGAGCUGCCAGUGUUAACAGUGAAGAACGGAGUCUGCAGGGCCAUGGCCCUCAUCUUCCCCACCUUCUCUUCCCGGAGAGGGUGCGGUGGCUCUGGCUGGGGACUGGAGGACACAGAGGUGGAUGAAGCACUCUCCAAAGAGGAGAAAGCAGGAAGCCUCCUACAGGCCACCCCCAAUCCCGGGGCAGCACCUUUGUCCCCUGCCAAGAACAAAUGCCAGCUGCAUCACCAGGUGCCUCGGGCUGUGACACAUCCAGCACCCACACGCCUGGCCCUCACCUGUCUGUGCAGGUGGGCUGAGAGUAGCUGUUGGGGGUCUCGAGGCUGGAGGGAGCCCACGCCCCUUUCUUUAGGAAGCACCAGCUGCUCUAGCCAUCUCUCCGCCUCCAGAAUCACAAAGCUUUUCCCCAAGGGAGGCUAAAGAGACCUCUCCGUGGGUGGGAGCCCCAUCCUGUCCCCAGCCAUUCUUGACCUCCACCUGGCAUAAGUGGGCCCCUGCCCGCCUCACUCAGGACCCUUCCAGCCAGUGCCUCCUUAAGCCGAGAAGAAGCCUUGAUGCGGUGCCUUAUCUCCCAGCCCCUCCCACCCCAGCAGACGAGGUUCCCACCCUUUCUUCCGAAUAACCAAAACCCUCGCUGCUCAUAAGAGGGUCUUAUUUAUAAACUAUAUAAAUACCCUUAGUCGGGCCCCAGACCAAGUAGCUGCUCAGAUUGCCCUUUCUAAUCCUACAUGUCGAGCUUAUAUAAAAACGUUUUUGUCUUAUUUUUGUUCCCUUCUUACCCACAAACCGUUACUACUUGAAACUUUUUAAAAACUCGAUGUGUGUAAAGGCUAUAGGGAAGCAGUUUGACCGAUCCUGUGAUUUGUACUGUUUACUGCGGGGUUAUUUAAAGAUUUUGGAAUAAAUAUACAAACUACCGUUGUGAAAUAAAGGUGUAAAUAAAUUGUAUAUUUUGAAAAAUAAACACAUUG